GCCGGCCGACCCGCAGCGCCCGCAGCUACUCCCUGUCCGUCCACACAGCCCGACCAUCGAGCUCCAAACAGCCCGAGAAGAUGAAGACCUGGCUGACUCUCGUGAUAGCGCUGGCGGCGGUUCGAGCGGGCCGCGCCGAGGAGGUGAUGAACAAGUGUAUCCAGCUGGCGAUGCCGCUGCUGAGCGAGACCCACCUGGUGGUGCCGUCCACUCGGGAGGAGCUCAGAACCGUAUGCGAGAAAUGGCGCGUAUUUGUUGACUGCAUCAACAAUUACGUAUCAAAGAAGUACACCAGCGAGCAGAAGGAUGCCUUCAACGGCGCGGUGGAAACGGCCGUGCGUAACGUGUUCCGAAUGUGCCAGGAGCCGCAGUACAGCGAAGCCUAUCUGCGGCACGCGCCGUGUAUCAAGCAGAUGACGAUGGAGCCGUCCCGGUGCGGCACCUACUACACCAACAUGGCGCGCGCUGUGACCGACGGCACCGGCUCCGACGAACAGAUCUGCUGCCUGCACCGCAAGUUCCGCGACUGUAUGGCCGAGCAGGGCUCGUGCGACAGCUCGCCCCGCGACUCCUCCGUGCAGGAGUUCGUCAGGGAGUUCCUCGAUAACGGCCUGCACGUCUUCGACGAGAAGUGCCACAACUAUGUGUUCAGUCCUCGGCACUGCGCCGGGCCCCGUCAGACCCGGGUGGACGACUAUGGCCGCCGUCCGGAGCCGCAGCCGCAGCCGGAGCCGCAGCCGGAGCCGGAGCUGCGGCCCGAGCACCGCGCCACCGAGGAGCAGGAGCGGCGCUGGCCGCGGCCCGGUCCGACCGCCGCGCCGGCGGCCCGGCCCGGCGCCACCACCACGCCCUACCAGAGCUGGUUCCACCCGGACACCACCACCUCCGUCUGGCUGGCCAACAACGCCAUCGACGACCUGGCGCAGGCGCAGCGUCAGGAGUCGGCGGCCGGAGGCGCCGCCGCCGCCGCCCUGACCCUAGCCGCCGGCCUCCUGGCCGCGCUGGCAGCACGGUGAGCGGCACGGACCCCGGUCUGCUGCCGCGUGGUCUGGUCGGGUCUGGUCGGGUCUGAUCUGGGUCUGGUCGGGUCGAGUCGGGUCGGGUCGGGUCUGCUCCGGGUCUGAUCUGGGUCGGGUCUGGUCUAGUCUGGCCUGGGCCUUGUUCGAUCUGAUCUGGUCUGGGCCUGGUCCGGUAUGGCAUGGUCUGGUCCAGCCUGGUCUGAACAUGUCUGGUUAAGUCUGGCGUGAUCUGAUCCGGGCUGGUCAGGUAUGAUCCAGUCUGGUCUGGUCUGGUCUGCGUGUCGCUCAGUCCGGCCGUCAGUGAACACUCGGUGACACGGUGACGGAAACGGCCCGGUGUGUGUGUGUGUGUGUGUGUGUGUGUGUGACGUCACUCACAGCGCCGCCGGAAGUGGACCACCUGCCCGUCGCGGUGCGCCGCUCCAUCCGUCUCACUCCGGUGACGUCAUCCGUGCUCGUGACGUCACGGUCCGGCGGCGCGCUCCCGAGGAGCGAGUGAUGGCAAGGAGCGACCACCGAUGUGGUCAGUCAACAGGAGACUCGAGCAUAGCUGCAUGUCGUGACUGAGUGAUCUGAGGCCUGACUGAUGAUUUUGAUGUGAAUAGGAGGUGUUUCCGUUUUCAAAUAGUGUUUCCAAGCAGUUGUAGCAUAAGACGAGAAGCAGCACGAGGCUGCAGUAAGUUCACCACCCACCUUUAUCGUGACAUGAUGAGCACAUAUUCGCACAAAACAUGCUAACUGACCAAAGAGUGGCAACGUUUACAGCCAAUCGAAGCUGGAGCGACCACCGUAGUGUAUGAUGUUGCGCUUGAAAGCUUGAGGGAGUGCUGUAUGUAUUGUAUAGUGUCACCUGUAAAAUGCAUAGGUAUUAGGUACGAUUACGGUGCAGUGCGCGUGGAAUGAUCGAGUGUGCGUGACGGUACCAUUAUGUUGCGCGUGUGAGCACUGAGGUCAGCCGCGUCAAGCUGAUGUAUCGGUAGCUAUUAAGUCGUGGAGCCAGUGGCCCCUGCGACUUUGGUUUGAAGGAUGGAUAGUCGAGCGAGGUCACUCGCUCAGCAGAGGCGAGCGCAGGACAGGGCGUCGAGUCCGAUCGCCCAAUUCACGGCGAGUCCAACAAUAUUUGUCCGUGACUAUUUAUCUAUUCCUGCCCACGUCUAAAAAGUUGUUUGAUUCAAAUGUUUCCAAUAAAGUGCACUGCAUGAUAAGGAAA